UCUGGUCGCCUGGCUGAUCUUCAAUGCAAUCUGUGGAAAUGCUCAAGCAGAUAUAGUGGAUGCCUUGUGUCCACGGGAUACCAGUAUAUCAAUGGCAAGUGCUACAGCUCAUCUGUUUGUCCCGAAGGACACUACUUAAACACAGAUGGAAAAUGUUACCCACAGACUAAUAAGUGUCCACCUGGUUACUUUCUUAACACUGAUGAAUUGUGCUAUAGGACUAAUCCAGAACCCUGCCCUUUUGACACAACCACAACAACGGAACCUACUACUACUUCAACAACAGAACUAACAACUACAACAACGACAACAGAACCCACCACUACAACAACUACAACAGAACCAACUACUACUACAACAACAACGGAACCCACCACUACUACUACAACAACAAAAGCCACUACUACUACAACAACUACAACAACAGCACCUCCAGUAAUUGAAGAACUUACUCGCUGUCCGCCGGGCUCAAUAUUCUACGAAUCGCAAUGCCGAAUCGUCUGUUCAGAGGGUGAAUACUACGCUGGGCGCUGCAUUUCAUCGGCAUGUCCACCGGGAACCGUUUGGUACGGAAAAAGGUGCCAAGAACCAGGAUACAUCAACACAAUCCUUGAGAUCGCCAAUGUGAUCCACAACGAGCACAAGUACUCGGUGACCAGUGAAAAUAUUAACCAUGUGGAGUACGCUACAGCCGCACCUUACGAUCCCGAUAAGGACAAGAGCUACGACUUUAGUACACCCGCAAACACACCCGAUAACAUAGUGGCUCCAAAUACAACAACAAGACGUCCCUGGAUAUUUCCAAGUUUAAGGCCAACUACGGAGCAGUCGGUGGUCGAUGAACCAUUUCCGGAUCGUAAACCUGGUCCAGGCUGCUGUUUCCUGAAGAGUCGCAUCUGCAUCAACUACGCCCCCAAUUGGGUGUGCUCCAGCAAGGAGAAGAAGUUAUGCGAUCCCAGGGUCUGCACAGCCCCAGUGGUCUAUCUCAAGCCGCCGAAGAUUGUCUAUGACGAAAACACUAAGCGCGUGGUGAUGCCACCCAAUCCGCCACUCUUGGCCUGCAGUACGUCGGAGUGCAAGGAGAGCGAAGUUUUGGAUUGUUCCGGCUGCAAGGAUCAUCAGCGGGAUAAGUGCUCUCCCAGCUGCUAUAGUUACUACUGUCCUAAUGGAACCUGCGCCUUUAUGAAUACCGAGGAUUUUUGCGCCUUGUAUCCGGGUGAAUUUGGCUGCAAUGCGAUGGACGGUUGUAUCUGGGAUUGGUGCAGUAAGAAGUGCUACUAUUGAAUUGGUUUUGUAAACCUUAAUAAAUAUUAUAUUUGAGAUCUUUGGA